ACAAUAUAAACUUUGGAACGACAUCCAGUCGGCCUCGUCUAACGUCUGUCAUCAUUAACAGGACUUUUCUCGCUAUUAGUGGUGGGGAUGUAUUUAUUUACGGUGCUCUUGGUUGUGUUUAUCACUGAAGCCCAUGGUGAUGUGACGAGCGGACGAGGCGCUCCGGGUGAUGUGUGCGAGAUGGGCGGGGGCGUGAAGGGGCGCUGCGAGGAGGUGGGGGCGUGCCUGGAGGACGGAGGCGUGGUCAGAAGGGAAGGCGUGGUCACACUCUGCCAGCAGGAUCCCGGGGCCUUAAUUGUCUGCUGUCGGAAACCACAUCGAAUUGCUGACGAACUCUGCAGCGCGUGGUCGGGUUAUUGGCGCAGCGAGGGAGGACAGUGCAUACGGGAGAAUCAGCUGAUCGUCGGUGGCGUCACAGCAAAGCUCAGGGAAUUCCCACACAUUGCUAUUGUUGGUUACCAGUUGACUCCGAACUUAACAGAAUGGGAGUGCGGAGGAACCCUGAUAUCGCCGCACUAUGUCCUCACGGCUGCCCAUUGCUACAAAGAGGGUAAGCAGUACAUGGUCAAACUUGGCGAACACGACCUCGCUCACGACAACCAAAACGUGGCCUCGCGAAUAAGAGGUGACCUGCCCUCAUCGCUUUACAAGGUCGAGUCUCUCCGUCUGGAUACCACAGAGUCGAGUAAGGUCGAACAGCUCCUGAGGGGCCGCUUCAUCCUAUACCCGGAGUACCAUCACUUCAAGUAUCACGACAUUGCUCUUAUUGCUCUCGAGAAGCCGGCAACUUUUACCCUUAGUGUGUUGCCGGCUUGCUUGCCAACCGACCCUGAUAAGGACUUCGUCGGAGAAAAGGUGACUGUAGCAGGAUGGGGAUAUACUGGCAUAGGCGCUCCUGUCAUCACAGACAUCCUGCGGAAGGUCACAGUGCCUGUAAUCGACCUCCUCGAGUGCCAGUAUCUGACCCCAGACCCGUAUGGGUUAAGCACGCCCCUGGGUCUCAUGGAGGACCAGAUCUGCGCCGGCGCCCCUGGGAAGGACUCUUGCCAGGGCGACAGCGGAGGACCCUUGCUCUACCAGAAUUCCCGUAAUGUCCCCUGUGAGCACACCGUCAUUGGAGUGGUGAGCUUCGGCCAAGGCUGCGGGCGUCUUGGCGUCUACACGAGGGUCUCCUCCUACUUGGACUGGAUCACCGGAUUCAUCGCUCCGAACGCAUGAUGUGCCUACGAGAACGUAAACAAACGUUUGAAUCUAUCAGACAAUGUCACGUCGUUUAGAUAAUCACAUAUUCAGAUAUAGUCUAAAUCCCCAUAAAAGAAGAAAAAGCACAGAUGCAGACACACGAACCUUGUACACAAAGAUAAAAGAGUUACAAGACCACAAUAUAAACACUCCGAACUGAAAUGGACCCUGUAGUAACAUAUAUAGACAGGUAGAUAUAGAGAUAGAUACGCAUAUAUACACACACUGUGUGUGUGCGGGCGCGUGCGUGCCUCCACUCCCCCACACACAGUUCAUCAUUUUCUCUACACAAAACACUGAUUAAAGGCCCAUUCUCACAUAUCAGUAAUAAAUCAGUGCUGCGUCCGCACUCACACAUGUCCGGCGCAGUACUAUGUCUUGACUCUUUGUGUCAGUUACGCCUCCGUGCUGUGAAAUUGAAAAUGAUUGCCACUGAUAUCUUUAUUUUUAACGGACUUCGGACGUUGUAUUUCAACAAAAAUGAAUGUUUAAUUUCGCUUUAUUUUAAUACACAAAUUAAAGUACUGUAUUGAAAAAAAAAAAAAAAAAAAAAAAAAGCCUAAGGGAAAUUUCCUGUAUGGAUUUGAAUAGAUAAAUACAGUAAAUAGCCUAUUACAAAAUAUUUGUAUUAUUUAACCACAAACAAACUGCGCUUGGUGUUAUAGUCUUUUCUCCAGGGGGAAUAUACUUUUACAAGUUAGCCUCUUGUUUUACUGAGUACUGUGUUUAAACAAUUUUCAGGGAUUCUGAAGUACUGGAACAAUUUUUUUUUCCACCAUCAGUUAUCUCCUUGUACAGAUUAGCAAACUCUCAUUCAAUUUAUUUUAUUCCACGCUUUAUGUGAUCACUUUCUUUACUUCGGCUUAUGCUCCGCUUCUUCCUCUUCGUCAAGAAUUAUGGCAAUUAUUGCCAAUUCCACGUCUGAAAACUUUGCCGUUUUGAAAAUCACUGAUUUCACGCUGCAUAUUGUUACUCAGGGCCAUCAAUUAGGUGGUUGCCAAAACUCUGUCCCCCUCAAGACCUGUCUCUAGGCUUUCGGAAUUUUUUGUUAAAAAGAUUAGCUAGCUUUACUGUUGCAAUUAUUCCUGUAUCUAUUAUAAGGAUUAUACAAAUACCGUCUUCA